UAAUGUAAAAUUUCGAGUUGCCACAUUCUAAAUUAUUUUGGUACAUCUAAGAGAUGUAUAAAUAACAUUUGAUAGAUGAUCAUGAAAAAUAACAAUUGAAAGGUAUGAAGCCAUUCAAUUUUGAUAGAAAAAGUAAUAAUUGAGUAAGUGGAAAUUUUUCAAUAUCUUGAAUAGUAUGAGCAAAAGAAGGAUGACGAAUUGCUCUCUUAAUAACUCAUUUCCUUAGUUAGGUAGAAAGAUUUAGCAGAAUUAUUUGGAUUAAAUAUCAGGAGGACUCUAUAUCGUAUAAAUUAAUUUUAUUUCUAGAUGAUAAUUCAGAAUAUGAAUUUCCAGGCAAGGUACAACGCUCUCCUAAUUCCGGCCCCAAAUCAAGAUAGUCAGAAGACCUUUUGCCACCUGAAUUCUGAA